UUUUAUUUAUAUACUUGAGUCAAAUGAAUUAAAUCUAACCUUAAAUCUAGUAAAUUAAAGGAAAAGUAGUACCCACCCUACUUUAGUUUUAGUGUUUUAUUGUUGAUUCUUAAUACAGGGUUGAUUUAAUUAAUAAAUAGAAAACAUCCUAAAUCAAAUCUCAUCCCAUAUAAAUUCCAUAAUCCCAAAGAUAGCAGAUAGCAAAAAGAUAGUUCCAGAGAGGCCAUCAACAAUGUCGCAGAGACGCGAACCGGAUAUUAGCUCAAUUUCCGGUCUGGAACAUUGGAAAAACGAGGAAACUGAGCUACCGGAAACAUACAUCGUCAUAAAAAUUAUACCGAGUAUACACGAGAAAGCUUUGCAAUGGUUCGCCGGAAAAAUACGAGGCAAAAAAUCGGACGGCGGCGGCGAGCUUGUCGCCAUUUUACAACCUCGGACUAAUGCUGAUGAGGAAUUCACAUUUCAUAUCUCGGCAACAAAAAUCAAACUAUUAGAAGUAGCCGAAGAAAUCGAAUUGGUGAAACCCUAUUCGAAAGGAAACCCCAGAGAAUUUUCCGUGGCCGAGCUGGACGAAUUUCUGGCCGACGGAAAAACCAUAGACGAUUUGUUAACUUUGUCCGACAAACAAACCAUAGUCCUGCACGAAUUGGAAAAUAUUAGGGCGGCCAACUAUGAAAAACAUAUUCCAGGUUACUCGCUUUAUAAGCUCUAUGAAAACCAAGCAAUUAUUCCAUUUGCCCAAAACCGUGAGCUAAUAAGCAAAAUGUAUCCCUUACACGAUCAGGAAGAACUUAAAAAGUUAGCUGCAAGCUGGUACAUGCCUAGAUUUUUCAAACAACCAAUAGAUGAUAUUAAGAAUUAUUUCGGUGAAUCCAUCGCUUUGUAUUUUGCUUUUUUGGAAUAUUACACAUUGGCUUUAGCGGUUCCUGCAGUACUUGGUCUGAUUGGCUGCAUUUUCUCGGAAACUGUACCGUUCUUUUGCGUUUUCAACGUCAUAUGGGUUACAUUGUUUCUAGAGUUCUGGAGAAGAAAAAGCAAUGAAUUCGCCUAUAAAUGGGGCACCAUUGCGAUGAGCAGUAUGGACGAGCCAAGACCAGGCUUCAAAGGCGUCAUGGGCGUUGAUGCCGUCACCGGAAAAGUUUGUCCGCAAAGUCCGAGGUUCAUGACUUAUGUUAAGAUGUAUGCAGUGUCUCUUCCGAUCGUUAUAGUUUGUAUGAUUUUGGCCUUUUACUUGAUGCUCGUAUCGUUUUGGGCCGAAGAUUACGUUAAGCAAAUGGAAGAACCUAAUGAUUAUCUUAUAAUGGUUCCUAGUAUUGUGUAUACUAUUUUGGUGCUUGUCAUCAGUAUAUAUUUCAGGCACUUGGCUACUUAUUUAACAGAAUGGGAAAACCACCGCACUCAAAGCCAGUUCGAGAGGCAUCGCGUAACGAAGCUGGUCCUGUUCGAGUUCGUCAACAAUUUCCUCUCGUUAUUUUACAUAGCCUUUGUUAUGCGAGACAUAGAUAUGCUACGCAGUCAGCUACAGACUAUGCUUAUUAUUUCGCAAGGAAUUAAUAAUUUCCAGGAGGUUUUCUUGCCGUUGGGGAUGAAUUUUUACUCCAAACAGUCGCAAAAAACAACGACCGCCGGCGGAGACGAAAAAACAUCGGAGAAUGGAGGAAGUUUUCCUUUAUUAAACAUCCCUCAGCUGCAGAGCGACGAUCCGAGAAUAAAACAGGCUCAAAAAGAAGGAUCGAUGGAAGAAUACCAAGACACAUUCGACGACUAUUUAGAGCUCUACAUCCAAUUCGGCUACGUCUUCUUGUUCUCCUCAGUCUAUCCAAUAGCGGCAGUCUGGGCCCUAUUGAAUAACGUCAUGGAGAUUAGAGCGGACGCCUAUAAAGUUUGCAAACUAUUUCGUCGCCCUUUUAUAAGGAAAGUUAAGGAUAUCGGCGCUUGGCAGAGAUCCUUCGAAGUACUUGGAGGUCUUUCGAUUCUAACCAAUUGUGGAGUGUUGUACUUGAGUCCGGACAUCAGAAAACGUUUUCCUGAUUAUUCCGAUGUUCAACUUUUGAUUGUUUUCAUGUGUCUGGAGCAACUUUUAUUGGGCGUCAGAUAUUUGCUGCACAUUGCCAUCUCGGACAAGCCUGAGUGGGUUAGAGUGGCGCUGGCCAGAAAAAGUUACGAAUCGAAACAGGCAUUAAAAUUUGAGAGAUCUCAACGCAACAAGAAAAUCUUAUAUAGAUUUAGAACCGUCCAGUGAUAAUAAUUACCCAUUAUGCUUAUUGAAUAACAAUUAAUAAGUCUGAUCUUAUAAGACUAAAAAUAACGAUAUUGUAAUAUACCUAAAUGCGAAAAUG